UUGGCCCUCAGCUAUAUAUACACACGGCUACAAAGCAAACGGCGACAAGGUGGCGGCGACGCUUCCAUCGCUCACUCCACACGACGAGUCGACGGCCACCGCCGUGCCAUCUUUCUCUUUCCCCUCGCAUGUCAACGCGAACAAAAAGAGCUUCCUCCUCCUCCACCACCAGCACCUCCACACGAAGCUUCGUUCCCAUCGCUGCGCUUCCACUCAUAUAAAGUCAGUGCCUUGCACCACCACUGCUCCACUAGUGGCGCUCGGACUCGCUCCCUUUCGUCUUCUUGAGCUCCUCCGCUAGCUUCAGGAUCUUGCAGCGGGCAUGGCGGCCGCGGUGGCAGUGAGCGGAAAGAAGCGCAAGUGCGCGGCUGCUGUGCUCGCCGAGCUCCACGACGACAUGCUGGAGCGCGUGCUCGCGCGUCUCCCGCCGGCCAGCUUCUUCCGCCUCCGGGGCGUCUCCCGUCAGUGGCGCGCGGCCGCGGAGUCCAACACCUUCCGCACCGCCUGCGCGCGCGUCCCCUCUCGGGACCCGUGGUUUCUCAUGCUCUCGGAGGAAGAGAAGCAGCGCCCGGCCCGACCCGCCGUCGUGUUCGACUCUGCCGACCGCUCCUGGGCGCGGUGGAGUGGCGCGCCGGGGCCCGUGCCGGUGGCCGCUGCCGGUGGUCUCGUACUCUACCGCGACGCGGGCACGGGGGAGCUCACUGUGACCAACCCGCUCACGGGCGCGUCCCGCGCGCUCCCGUCGCCGCCGCCGUGCGCGACCGGCGCGCUUCAAGCUAUCGUUAUGUACGGAUCCCCGUACCACGUGGUCCUCAUCCUGGGCGAGCUCCCGGACUUGUCCAUGGUGGCGUUCGACUCGUCAAGGAACGCGUGGGAGGGCGCCGUGCCGCUGUCCCGGAAGCCGGAGGCCUCGUCCCCGGAACGCGCGGUGGAAGGCGUCGGCGGCGACGACACGGUGUACUUCCUGAGCAAGUCCGGCGACAUCGUGGCCACCAACAUGCAGCGGAGCGCGUCGAGGCAGUACUCGUCCGCCGCGGCGUGCCGCGGCGGCGAUGUCGUGGCCUACUUCCUGAGCAACUCCGGCACGGUCGUGGCCUGCGACCUGGCGCGCCGCGCGUUCUCCGAGCUGCCCCGGAUCCUGCCGGUGUACCACGAGUACUCCAUCGACGUCGUGGCGUGCGACGGCGCCGCCUACGUGGUCGUCCUCUCGGAGUUCCUCGACACGGCCAGCCUGCGGGUGUGGGAGUUCGCGGACGGCGAGUGGAGGCAGGUGGCAGCCAUGCCGCCCUCCAUGUCGCACGCCUUCUACGGCACGAAGGCCGACGUCAACUGCGUCGGCCACGGCGACCGCGUCAUGGUCUGCGUUAGCUCCGGCGAGGCCAACGCCAACGGCUGCUUCAUUUGCGACGUCAAGACCAACCGGUGGGAGGAGCUCCCGCGGUGCGCCGACGGCGACGGGGAGGUCACGGAUUUCGUGGCCGCCGUCUCCUUCGAGCCAAGAAUGGAGGUCGCCGUCUAAGCGGACGCACGCUUCCUCUCGUCUUGCAGGGUAGCAUGGGCAUUGCUCGUUUCUUGCUGCUAGUUCGCUUAGCUCCCUUGUGUAUUGUGUACGCAGUUAUGCACCGAUCGAUGAUUGUUGGUGUGAUCAUGUUCAUGAUUUGUUCAGUGAUUUGAGAUCGUUUCAUUUGAAUCAAA